AGAUGACGUCACCUCUCAGUGACAGUGGGUGCUGCGGUAUCUGCGCUUCCUCUAAUCUCUCCUUAUUGAAACAUAUUUGACUGAAAAAGCUUCAUGAGCUGUUAGCGUGACUUUUAAGGACUGCCUUCUGAAAGAACACAGACACAUUUCUCCGUUUCGAAAAUCGGCUGGCUAAUGUUAGCCGUUUCCUGGUUAGAGUUGCAGCCAUUUUGGAUUUGUACAAAGAAAACAGGCAGCUGGUUGUGGUAGCUGUGAGUUAAUUCCUUUGUUCUUUUAAGAAGAAAACUGUGGGAUAAAAACAUUAUACAAGAGGAAGCAGUAAAAACGACCUAUCAACCAUGAAUCCAGAAUAUGAUUAUUUAUUCAAGCUACUUCUGAUUGGUGACUCAGGUGUAGGAAAGUCUUGUCUUCUUCUGAGAUUUGCGGAUGACACAUACACAGAAAGUUACAUUAGUACAAUUGGUGUGGACUUCAAAAUCCGAACCAUAGAACUGGACGGAAAGACGAUUAAGCUUCAGAUUUGGGACACUGCAGGGCAGGAAAGGUUUCGGACUAUUACUUCCAGCUACUAUAGAGGAGCUCAUGGAAUCAUAGUAGUGUACGACGUCACAGACCAGGAAUCUUUUAAUAACGUUAAACAGUGGCUACAGGAGAUUGACCGCUAUGCCAGUGAAAAUGUCAACAAACUACUGGUGGGAAAUAAGUGUGACUUAACGACAAAGAAAGUUGUGGACUACACAACAGCCAAGGAGUUUGCAGACUCUCUGGGCAUCCCCUUUUUGGAAACCAGUGCUAAAAAUGCAACCAACGUGGAGCAGGCUUUCAUGACCAUGGCAGCUGAGAUUAAAAAGAGAAUGGGCCCCGGGGCCACAGCCGGAGGUGGAGACAAACCCAACGUGAAGCUGACGCCAGGGACCACUGUCAAGUCAUCAUCAGGGGGCUGCUGUUGAGAGCACUGUGUUCUGUAGCCCACAGGACAGAGGGCAGAACUUUACACGUGUAAUGGCACUACCAAAUCAGACCCACAUCAUUCUGUCUUGGCCCGGACCACACCCCUGUCAUCUCAGACUCACUGUUAGGCCCAGUGAAUUUCUGAGCUCAAGAACCAGUGUCUGUUUCUUCAUUCCUCCACCAGGGGUCACUACUAAAUCACUUUAAUUAGGAUUUGUUUGUCCAUUUUGUUUUUUUGUUUUUUUUGUUUUUGGACUGUUUGUCAGGCAUGGUUGAUCUGUCCCCUGUACUAUUGGCAGUGUCUGUACUGUCCAGCAUUACACAUGUAGUGAUACAGUAUAUGUACAUAAAAACAUUAUGUAUAUAUAUAAAUAUAUAUUAUUGUAUGUAAAUUGGAUUUGACAGCUGGUGUUCAAUAUGCUAUUGGGAAAGUCUUGACAAUUAAUCCCUGCAUUCAAGAUAUGGCUAAGUGUAUGUCUGUUGCUAAACAUUUAAAAUGAAAAUAAAUCUUGUAACACCCAACUGUA